AUGAAGGCUGAAGCAAGCCAAAGAGAUUCUGACAAAUACUGUCAAUACCAUCGCACACACGGCCAUGACACCAAUAACUGUUACCAGUUGAUUAGCGAGAUUGAAAGGCUAAUUAAAAGGGGGCACCUCCGAAACUUUUUGAAAAAACUAGAAGGAGAAAGGCCUCAGCAAAAUCCUGCGACAGAAAGACCUAGGAGGUUAGGAGCAGGACCAGUGAAUGACGGUUCCAGUGGAACCAUCAACAUGAUUGUCGGGGGAACUGGAGGUCGGAUGAGUAGGAGAGGAAGAAAGAGGGGCCGAGAUGGGGAAGGCAGCAGUACUAAGGUCAUGCAAGUAGCAGAACAUUCUCCAGCGGUCAUCUCUUUCUGCUCAAAAGAUGCCCGCGGCAUUCAGAUGCCUCACGACGAUGCCCUCGUUAUCGAAGCCGUUAUUCAUAACUACCGAGUCAGGAAGAUCCUAGUCGACGAGGGAAGCAAGGUAAACUUAUUGCCAUACAGGAUCCUCCAGCAGAUGAGAAUCCCCGAAGAGCAGCUAGUUCGGGAUCAAGCCCCGGUGAAGGGGAUCAGAGGAGCCCGGGUACCUGUGGAAGGAAAAGUGAAACUAGCUCUGACCCUCGGAGAGGCACCCUUGGCUCGGACUCACUAUGCGUUAUUCUUAGUGGUGAAGCUCCCUCUAAACUAUAACGUGAUAUUGGGAAGGCCUGUGCUGUAUGAUUUUGAGGUAGUAACCAGCAUCAGGUACCUAGCUAUGAAGUUCCCAACUGAGGCAGGAGUAGGAGUAGUCAGGGGGUGUCAAGAAGAGGCGAGAGCAGUAUACCUGGCCACAGUGUCAGAACCGAGCUCGGCAGGAGAAUAA